ACCUUUCAAUAUUUUGAGAUGGCAGAAUCAACAUGUGAAUGUAAGAUUGGUCCUUCUAUUUUGAACUCGGAUUUGUCAAUGUUGGCAUCCGAGUGUCAGAGAAUGAUGGAUUGCGGGGCUGACUACAUUCACCUUGAUGUAAUGGAUGGUGCUUUUGUGCCAAACAUCACCUUCGGUCAUCCUAUCGUCAAAUGUCUUCGACCAAAAUUGCCAUCUGCAUUCUUUGAUAUGCACAUGAUGGUUGCCAAACCAGAACAGUGGGUUGAGAACAUGGCUGAUGCAGGUGCAAAUCAAUAUACAUUCCAUAUUGAAGCUACAGAUGAACCUGAAGCUUGCAUCAGGAAAGUGCGUGAAGCAGGAAUGAAGGUUGGUCUAGGUAUAAAGCCUGGUACUCCAGUAGAUGUACUACUCCCCUAUGUUAACCAUGUAGAUAUGGUUCUUGUCAUGACAGUUGAACCAGGAUUUGGUGGACAGAAAUUUAUGGCUGAUAUGAUGCCAAAGGUAGCAACUCUUAGGCAGCAGUCACAGUUACUUGACAUUGAAGUAGAUGGCGGAGUGGGACCUGCUAAUAUAGACCAAUGUGCAGAGGCAGGGGCCAACAUGAUAGUAUCAGGUACAGCUGUAGUAAAAAGUGACAAUCCACGAGAAGUGAUCAACCAAUUACGUAGAUCUGUUCAGGAGGCUAUACAGAAAUCUCAGUUAGAGAGGUAGCCGCUGAAGUAUAAACUUAAUGGAAUAAUUGAAUUGCCAACACUCAUCCUAAUAGUCUAACUAUUUGUAUGAAUUUUCAACUGUCGAUGAAGAAUAUUUGACACAUUUCAAGAAAAAUUGGAUUUACUUCCAUGAAGAAUUGGUGGUUCUUAUGUUCAAUGAUUGAAGGAUAGGAACACAUCAACAGUAAUAGUGUAACAUAUACAUGAACAAAUUGUCACAUGUUUCAUCAUAAAUUGGAAUUCUGUAGACAUCAUGGAUAUUGAACAUUGAACAGUUCUAUAUAUGUUUAAAUGAAAGCAAAGAUGAAACAGUGUGAGGAUAGUGCAGCAAUAAGGUCAGUUUUAGUUAAGAUGUUUCUUGUUUUGAUGUCGUUCAU